ACUCUUUCAUCCAUCGCAGUGACAGUUUGGAAGACGAGUAUCCGAUUCAACCUCAUUCGCAAAAUUUUCCCGAGAAAAAAAAAAAAAGAGACACAAGAAAACUGUUUUCAUAUUGUCAUAGUAUUUUCUUCUGCUCCAAACGACUCGUCUCUGUACUCAUGAUUCGAUUUUCGCCUCUUUCGGUCAUCCUCUUAGUCUCGAUCUCGUCGAUCAUCUAUGAAUCUUCAAGCUCCUCGAUCAUCAAUCCCUCUAAAGUCAAGCAAGUUUCAUCCAAACCCAGAGCUUUUGUAUACGAGGGUUUUCUCACGGACGAAGAGUGCAAUCAUUUGAUAUCUCUUGCGAAAUCGGAGCUGAAAAGAUCUGCUGUUGCUGAUAAUGAAUCUGGAAAGAGCAAGCUUAGUGAGGUUCGAACUAGCUCCGGAAUGUUCAUCAGUAAGGGAAAGGAUCCUAUUGUUGCUGGUAUAGAGGACAAGAUCGAGAUGUGGACCUUCCUACCGAAAGAAAAUGGUGAAGACAUGCAAGUUUUAAGAUAUGAGCAUGGCCAAAAAUAUGACCCACACUACGAUUAUUUUGCUGACAAGGAUAAUAUUGCCCGGGGUGGACAUCGCAUGGCAACUGUACUGAUGUACCUCAGUGACGUGGCAAAAGGUGGUGAAACAGUAUUCCCAUCAGCGGAGGAAUCUUCUCGUCAAAGAAAAUCAUCUACAUUAGAUGAUGAUUUAUCCGAGUGUGCAAAGAAAGGCAUUGCAGUAAAACCACGAAAAGGGGAUGCUCUUCUUUUCUUCAGUCUCCACCCUGGCGCCAUUCCAGAUCCGAGCAGUCUCCAUGGAGGAUGCCCGGUACUAGAAGGUGAGAAGUGGUCGGCAACAAAGUGGAUCCAUGUAGAUUCUUUUGACAAGAUUGUCGGAGCUGGUGGGAAUUGCACAGACGAUAAUGAGAGUUGUGCGAGAUGGGCUGCCUUGGGGGAAUGCACCAAUAAUCCCGAGUACAUGGUGGGAACUGCAGAACUUCCAGGAUACUGCCGGAGGAGCUGUAAGAUAUGCUGAUGGGUGUUAAUUCAUGCUUUCGAUUUACAGUUUUCUAUUGUCUGUUGUAUCGUUCCACGCUCACUCUCUUUUUCUUUUCUUUUUUUAAAUCUGCGAACUGUCAUUUUUAGUCGUUUUGUAAUGUAACCUAUUCUAAGCCAUUUUUUGUUUUAUAGCAAGCAUGUUUGUUCCUGUUAAUUAUGGUUUUGUGGUUUUGAACUGUUCUACUGUUGUUGAGAUGGUGCAGAGAUUUGUGAAAAUGAAAUUUGGAUA